AGUUAGUUUUGAUUUGUGUAAAAACAUGGCUGAAAAUAAUGACACAGACAUUGUGAUGGAAGAUGAAAACAGACCAAGUGUUCUCGUACAAAUGUGUAACGAAGACAAAGUCGCAACAGGGCCCCCUCUCGAUGUACCCCUAACGGUCACUGCGCAACAACUACAGUUGUUGUGUAAUUCUAUUCUUGAGAAUGAAGAAGAAACACCUUACGCAUUUUAUAUAAAUGAGACUGAAAUCUUAUCAGACCUGCAAUCCAUUAUUGAAAAGGAAAAUAUUUCAACUGAAGGAACAAUUCAAAUUAUUUAUCUUCCACAGGCUGUGUUUAAAGUGCGCGCUGUAACAAGAUGUACGUCAUCUAUAGAAGGUCACGCUGAAGCUGUUUUGUCAGUAAAGUUCAGUCCCAAUGGAGGGUACUUAGCAAGUGGUUCUGGAGACACCACAGUUCGAUUCUGGGACUUGAGUACAGAAACACCUCACUACACAUGCAAGUCGCACAGACAUUGGGUUCUUUGUAUAGAAUGGUCGCCUGAUGGUAGGACACUUGCUUCUGGUUGUAAAAAUGGACAGGUUUGUCUGUGGGAUCCAAAAAGUGGGAAACAGAUUGGAAAAACAUUGACAGGUCACAAACAAUGGAUAACCCAUUUAUGUUGGGCACCCCUUCAUUUAGAUGGAACCUGCAGGAAAUUAGCUAGCUCAUCUAAAGACACUACAAUACGAAUAUGGGAUACCAAUACGUGCCAAUGUUCAAUCAUCUUAUCAAGUCACUUACAAAGUGUUACUUGUAUAAGGUGGUCUGGUGAGGAUCUUAUAUACAGCGCUUCACAAGACAGAACUAUUAAAGUGUGGCGUCCAAAUGAUGGUGUUUUAUGUCGCACACUACAAGGCCAUGGGCAUUGGGUGAAUGUUUUAGCACUGAGUACGGAUUAUGUAAUGCGGACUGGUGCGUUUGAACCAUCCACAGCAACAGUUGUUGCAAAAGAAAAUUCAAAUUCUGCGGCACAACUUCAAAAGGAAGCGCUAAAACGUUACAACAUUGUCAAGGGAAAUACAGGCGAGCGAAUGGUUUCUGGGUCCGAUGACUUUACUUUAUUUUUGUGGAAUCCUUCAACAGAAAAGAAACCGAUUGCAAGAAUGACAGGACAUCAGGCACUUGUAAACGAUGUAAAAUUUUCACCGGAUGCAAGAUUAAUUGCUUCAGCUUCAUUUGAUAAAUCAAUUAAAUUGUGGAACGCCAAGUCAGGAAAAUUUAUUGUUUCAUUACGUGGCCAUGUAAACUCUGUAUACCAACUUGCGUGGUCGGCAGAUAGUCGUUUAUUGGUCAGUGGAAGUGGAGACAGCACACUUAAGGUAUGGGACACACACAAGAACAAACUUUUAUUGGAUUUACCCGGCCAUGCUGAUGAAGUGUAUGCGGUUGAUUGGAGCACAGAUGGACAGAGGGUGGCAAGUGGUGGUAAAGACAGAGUGCUGAAAAUAUGGCGAAAAUAGUUGUUGAGUCUAGAGCGAAGAAAUUAAAGAUGACAAUUGACUCGCCCUGUUUUUACAUUGCCACAAAUACAAAGUAACAUCUGGAAGUA